AUGCACCCGCAUCCACCGACGCCGGCCGCUCCCCUCCACGAGCCGCCCGCCGACGACCUCACCGACGACGGGCCCCUGUUCCGCGCCCACAUCGCCAGCCUCGAGCGACGCGCCCACAGCCUCCGCCACGCCCUCAAGAAGCUCCACCGCGCCCUCGACGCCUCGCUCGCCGCCCUCGACACCCACCGCUCGGCCCACGACUCGCUCGACGACGCCCUCGAGCACCUGUCGGCCGCGAGCCUGACGUCGUACGGCGGCCAGCUCGGCGGCCUCUACGCCCGCGAGCUCAAGCCGCGCCGCGACCGCGCGAGCGACGACGCCCGGCGCGAGGCCGACCGCGCGCGCGAGCUCGUCGACCGCGUCAAGGGCGCCAUCGACCGCAUAAAGGCCGUCGAGGACCGCAGGAAGGCGUUUGACGCACAGUCGAAGUACUUCUACGACGAGCUCGCCAAGUACCUCGGUCGCGCAGAGUCGGACCCGGCCAAGAUCGCCUCGCUCGACUCGAAACAAGCCGAGCGCGCCGCCGCCUUCCGCCAGGACCGCGUCGCCUUCUUCUCGUUCCUCGAGGGCCUCGUCGAGUCCGAGGAAGGCGCCAUCGCCUCGUGGCUGCGCGCCUGGGCCGGCCCGCUCGAGAACGGCGCAGAGCCUUCGAGCGUCGACACGUGUCGCUCGGACACUCUGGCUGCUCUCGAGGGCUCGCCAAACGGCGGCGGCGGCGCCCGCAAGCCUCGGCCGUCGGCCGGGUCGUCGGGCGGCGGCGAGAGCUGGGAGCGUCACCUCGAGGGCUUCCCGACCUACCUCGCCGACGCCGUCACGGGCCCAGACGACGCGGCGCCGUUCCCGCCGGCGAGCGACGACGGGCACUCGGCCGCGCCGAGCGCGUCGGGCCAGUCGGCGGCGAGCCGCACGACGACGGACGGCGGCGUCGAGUCGGCCUCGGGCUCGCGUCCGUCGAGCGACAAGGCGAGGAGGAGGAGGUCGUCGCUGCCCGUGUUCGGCCUCGGCGGCGUCGCCUCGCCCGACAAGGACAAGGAGCCCGCCGGCAAGCGCGACCGCAUCAAGGACUUCUUCCGCUCGGCGCACCACUCGAUCUCGUCGGCCAUCCCGACCUCGUCGUCGUCUGCCGCCCUCGCCGACGUUCUUGUCGCGCGCCACACGUCCCCUCCUCCGCCUGUCCCGACCCGGACGCCCUUCUUGAACUCGUCGUCGAAAAAGAGUCGACAGCACGAUGCGGACAAACCUCUGUAAAGCUACAGCGCCCUCACCGCUUCUCGUUUCGUCCCGCCGUCGGCCCGCUUCCACGCCCUCCUCGUCCUCGUCCAACACGUUCUCUCCCA